AUGAUCAUGACAGCUGCGGACAGGUUACCCUCGCGUCUCUUUACGCAUGCGACGAUAAUCACGGUCAACAAGAGCCGGGAGGUCAUUCUGGACGGUGCAAUCCUCAUCGAACAUGGCCGGAUCGCGGCACUUGGAAAGACAGUUGACCUCGUCGACCAGCUAAACUCUAACAAAGACCGAGACAUCGAAAUUAUCGAGUGCAAGAACAGGAUCAUCAUACCAGGCCUCGUUAACACCCACGCACACCUCGCGCAAUCACUGCUACGUGGGCUCGCCGAAGAUCUUCCAUUACACAACUGGCUAUGCGAUGUGAUCUGGCCCUUGGAAGCGAAUUACGCCGAGGAUGAUGGUUAUGUGGCUUCGAUGCUGACUAUUGCCGAAAUGUUGAAAACGGGGACGACGUGUUUCCUGGAGGCUAUGCUUACACAUAGAAGCGGACUCGAGAAUGUCGGUAAACUGAUCAAGGCCGCUGAGUCAAACCCGAAGCUUAACAUGAAAGAUGCCAGAGAUCGGGAUGUAGACUCUAUGUCAGUCGCUGCUGCUUCAUCAGCAUACGAAAAGUAUCAUGGCUCUUUGAACGACCGUUUGCACAUGUGGUUUGCGGCCGGCACACCUCGAGGCUCACCAAUGGCGGCUCAUGCUGCAAUAGGCGAAGCCGCACGAGCACACGGUAUUGGCCUCACUAUGCACUGUGCCGAAGCGCCUAAAGAUCUCACCAUCUAUCGAGAAUAUUACCAAUGCAGUCCCUUUGAGUUCUGCCGAGAUGCGCAACUGACGGGCUCGAAGACGGUUUUUGCCCACUGUGUUCACCCAGACCCAGUAGCUGGAGACUUCGAAAUCUUGUCUGAAAGUAAGAGCACAGUUUCGCAUAAUCCGACGAGCAAUCUCAAGCUUGGAUCUGGUGUGGCGCCGAUACCUGAUAUGGUGGCGAAAGGUGUGAAUGUAGCGUUAGGGACCGACGGAGCGCCAUGCAACAACACGUACGAUAUGUUCCGCGAGAUGCAUUUAGCAUCCAUUCUACAUGGCGGUGUUAGACAAAACGCUGGCGUACUGAGCGCAUACGACGUCUUAGAGUUUGCAACGAUUAACGGCGCGAGAGCACUAGGGUUGGAAGCUGAGAUUGGGAGCCUAGAAGUUGGGAAGAAAGCCGAUAUUGUCAUUGUGGAGCCGAGAGGCGCAUCAUGUACUCCGUGGGAUCCGGCCGAGCAAAAUGCUGGUGGCAUGGACCCAGUCACAGUGCUCGUCAAUUCGUCUGGCGCAAACGUCGACACAGUCAUCGUAGACGGUCAGUUACUUGUCAGUAGUGGCAAGCUGUUGCACGUUGAUGAGAGCAAGAUCAUACAGAGAGCGAAGGCGUCAGUAGCAGACAUCCGUAAAAGGAGCGGUGUGGGUGCACGGAAUCAUAUGUCAUUAAAAUAUACAUAG